AUGCCAUUCUCCACUACUCCCCAUGCCAACUCUGCGCAGGCGCAUCUGGCAGUAGAUGACACCCAGAAGAACAUCGGCAAGGAUAUAAUCAUCCAGUCCAGGGAAACUGGCGAUGUUGUCCCACAACCCCCACAUCCCUCUGCUGGGAAUAUCGACAAAAAGGACCAGGCAAAGCCUUUUGCCCACUUUGUCGCUGGUGGACUCGGUGGUAUGACCGCUGCGACCCUUACCUCUCCUCUUGAUGUCUUGAAAACCCGCUUGCAAUCCGACUUUUACCAAGCGCAGCUGCGAUCGCUCCGCGCCGCUCAUCCCUUGCCGCCAUCUUCGUCGCUGUCAUCCCUUCCUCGGAGUGCUCUGAUGCACUUUACCGAAACGUUCCAAAUCCUGCGCUCGAUCCACGUGCAUGAAGGUUGGCGUGCUCUGUUCAAGGGUCUGGGUCCCAAUCUGAUCGGAGUGGUGCCUGCUCGUGCCAUCAACUUCUACGUUUACGGGAACGGGAAACGGAUCCUGAGCGAUCACUUCAACUAUACAAACUCCCAAGAAACACCCGUCGGAAUCCAUCUGACCGCCGCGGCCGUCGCCGGAAUUGCCACGGGAACCGCAACCAACCCGAUCUGGCUUGUGAAGACACGUCUACAGUUAGAUAAAUCCAACGCCGAACACCACAGUGGCCAGGGACGGCAAUAUAAGAACAGCUGGGACUGUAUCAAGCAGACGGUGCGCCAUGAGGGCAUCCGCGGUUUAUAUAAAGGACUUUCGGCAUCGUACCUCGGUGUGACAGAGUCGACGCUGCAAUGGGUGAUGUACGAGCAGAUGAAGAUGUUCCUCGCCCGCAGGGAGUCGGCCAAACGGGCCGAUCCCAACUAUACAUACGGUACCUGGGACGACGUGGAACUAUGGGGCGGACGGAUCUGUUCGGCGGGAUUGGCUAAGCUGGUCGCCGCGGCUGCCACUUACCCUCAUGAAGUUGUCCGGACACGGCUGAGGCAAGCGCCGACUUGCUUCAAGACCGUCUGGAAGGAGGAGGGUAUGGUUGGGUUGUAUGGCGGCUUGACACCGCACUUGCUGCGUGUCGUUCCGUCCGCCGCCAUCAUGUUCGGAAUGUACGAGGUGAUCCUCCGCCUCUUUGGAACAACCUCCUAG